CAUGGAAAAUGCAAAAAUAUUCUCCUUUAACGAUAAAGAAAGUAAUGAAAAUGAUGUAAAAGCUUCCGUUGAAAUAUUUGAGGAAAUGGAUGGUUCUUAUGAAAACUAUGUCUGGCCGUCGGCGCCGGUACUAGCUAACUACAUCUGGCAAAGAAGAGAUUUUAUUCGUAAUAAAACAGUGUUGGAGAUAGGAGCUGGAACAGGCUUACCAGGUAUCCUUUGCGCGAAAAUUGGGGCAAAACUAGUCUAUUUAGCUGAUAAGUCCUCGUCAAAUAAUUCGUCCCGUUCGAAGAGUAUAGAGAAAAACGGAGUUGGAUUUAACACAAUUUGCCUGGAUAUAAAUUGGGGAAGAGUGGCUAGGGAAUUAACGACGGUUUUAAGAACGAUCGAUGUAAUUUUGGCGUCAGACUGCUUUUAUGAAAAGGAAGAUUUCGAUGACGUUUUAUUUACUAUAGCUCUUUUAUUAAAUUCUUAUCCAAAAGCAGAAUGCUGGUGCUCCCAACAACGUAGAUGGUAA